AGCCAUGGAGCCACGAGGGAUCCGUGGGCCAAUAGGUGGCCAGGAUAUAAAGGCUCAGGGGUUAGGUUUUGGCUAUCCAGCCACCGGGAUUCCAGCCAGCUCCAUAAUAACGGCCGUGCAGCAGCAGGACUACUCAGCCAGCGUCUGGCUUCGCAGGAGGGAUAAACUGGAGCAUUCUCAGCAGAAGUGCAUUGUGAUCUUUGCCUUGGUGUGCUGCUUUGCUGUGUUGGUGGCCUUAAUUUUCUCUGCUGUGGACAUUUGGGGCGAAGACGAGGACGGGAUCACAGAGGAGAACUGUAGCAGGGACUGCAGAGUAGUGCUUGUGGAGAACAUCCCAGAAGACAUUUCCUUCUUAGACAACAGCACAUCCCACCUCCCUCUCUCCAUAGGGCUGUACAACCUACUGGACCAAGCUAUCCGGGUUGUAGAGAUAGUUUCCCCGCUGUGGCUCCUUAAUAACUCUGAUAAUGAAUCCAGUUUCCAGCCUGCUGCCAGACAGGGAAGGGCUCUGCUGUCCAGGCUACAGGGACUGAAAGCAAAAGGAAUUCAGCUGAAGAUCUCGAGCGGGAUAACCAACUCAACUGAGCUCAGGGAACUCAGUAAACACAAUGCUGAGGUUCACUAUGUCAACAUGACAGCACUGACCAAAGGCAACCUUCACUCCUCCUUCUGGGUGGUCGACAGGAAACAUUUCUACAUCGGCAGUGCCAGCAUGGACUGGAGAUCUCUGACCACUAGGAAGGAGCUGGGUGUGUUGGUGUACAACUGCAGCUGUCUGGCUCUGGAUCUCCACAAAGUGUUCAGCCUCUACUGGGGUCUGCAGUAUAAAGACUUCAUUCCCUCCUUCUGGUCAAAGCGUCUCUUUGCCGUCUCCAACAGGGACACACCACUGAAUCUCACAAUCAAUGGCACAAAAGCCCAGGCCUAUGUGUCUAGCUCGCCGGAUGUUUUUAUUCCCAAACAUCGUAGCAGUGAUCUGGAAGCCAUUGCCAGGGUCAUCCAAGAGGCCAACCAUUUCAUAUAUAUCUCCAUCACUGAUUAUCUGCCCCUCAUUGGCAAAAGCACUAGCAGGUACUGGUCACGUAUUGACGGCCUCAUAAGGGAGGCUCUGAUCCUGAGGAAUGUACGCGUCCGCCUGCUGAUAAGUUGCUGGGAAAAGACUCAUCCACUAACUUUCAACUUCAUCUGGUCCCUGAGGAGUCUGUGUAUGGAGCAGACCAACUGCUCACUAGAAGCUAAGUUCUUCAACCCCAGAGGGCAGCGGGAUGUGAGCCUCCAAGGGAUAAACCACAACAGGUUUAUGGUUACAGACAGAGCCAUUUAUUUAGGUAACCUUGACUGGGUAGGAGAUGAGUUUACCUUUAACGCAGGAGCUGGCCUUGUGAUCAGUAAGCCAAAAGGCAUCGAGGACAAGAACGUCACAGUUGUGGAGCAGUUACAGGCUGCGUUCGAGCGGGACUGGGUUUCACGGUACACCAUCCCACUGCAGGCUAAUAAAUUCCUGGUUUGCAACAAGCGCCAGAUCAACCCAACUGUGUUAAUCAAACACAGUCAACUACACAAUGGACCAGUGCCUAUCAGAAAGGGGCAGCAUGAUAAAGGACCCGCACCACUGAGAAAUCAUCACAAAGUUGAUGGACAGACACCAGACAAUACAAGGCACCGUGACAGCAGACUGAGCAAAAUUAGUCGACAAGGCAUUGCCAAUGGGCUUGUGCCAGUUAUGGACAGUUACCAAGAGAGGAGUCAAGUAAAAAUGAGCCACUUUGACAACAGACAGGUAGAAAUAAAAGGUAAUACUGACAACUCAAUGGAUCUCCCCAGUCAGUUCACUGAGAGCAGCGGUAGCAGAGAGAUCUCCAAUGGAGCCAUGUGACCACAAAACAAUGUUUGGAGAACUUCUUUCUUCCAGUGACAAUGGACUAUCACUGGGCCUUUGUAGCAGUUUAAUAUUGUCAUUUUAUAGAAAAAAACUUUUAAAAUUUAGGUACGUGGUUUGCAGGACUUGAAAAAAGGAAGAACUCAGGAAGGAAAGUAAAUGUUCCACAGCAGGCUGGCACUUUGAUUCUUUAAGAAUGAAACCAAAACAUUUUGGUUUAGAAUAUUGAUUAAUACACUAAUAAUAUUUUACAACCAUGCAACUGAUAUAAUCUGUUUUUUUGGGUUUUUUUGUCCUUGUUACGAUCUCCCAGGAAACAAAUUGCACUGAUUUCCUAAACACUGUAUGUCACUUAAGCAUUCAUAAUUAAUCACGCUUUAAAAGGGGUAAUAACAGCUGCAUGUGAAGAGACAGGGGGCAAGGCAGCAUAUGUAGCUGCAGUAGCUACGUCUGGCAUUCAGUAUGCACUCCAUAAUAUUGGGGGUUUUGUGGAUCUCUUGUUGCCUCUGUACUCCCAUUGGUUUUGAAUACUCUGGCCUAAAGUAAACAGGUUUGUGCAUCUCCAGCAGUAUUCACUCCAGAAUAAUUUUUAAUUUGAAAACUUCUUAAUAACAACAAUUAAACAUAAAUCUAAAUACAAGUUUAAUCUGUUUCCUGGAAACAAACAACUUUUUGGCCCUGCCAAAUAAUUUAUUCACCUCUAAAUAUGAGCGUCGGUCUUGUAGCAACAAAGUUGAGGAACUGGCCCUCUUAAAGGAUUAAUCAAAUCAUGUCCACCGUGUUUUAUUUCCAAUACCAGAAGUUCAAAGGUGCUUGCAUCAUUCCACUGCAGGCUUGCUGUGAUUGAAUUAGAAUUGAAUUGAAUUGAAUUGAAUUGAAUUAGAUGAUGCACAUAUUGUAUUAUGGCUCCAUCAGCGAAUACUUUCAAUAAAGCAAGGUAUGGUAUUUUAUUGUGAGAGAAGGGGGAGCUAAUGAUCCAGAAGUGUCUUUAUAGAUAAUUAUCAUUAUAGAUAACCAUAAACAAAUCCAGGGAAAAGAGGAGGAUUGCAUGGAUAUCUAUAGUAUAUUUUAAACCCAGCAUUGUGACUUACUGAACAAAUACUGAAGUAGCAGUUAGACGAAGGGGCCAGAGGGUCUCUGCUAUCAGCCAAAUCAAUACAAUGAAUUUUUAACAGAGCUUGACAGAGGCAGUUGCUGCAUUUUAACCACAAGGGCAUGUUGGCCUGUAAUGUCAUGCCUGUGACAGAAUAUAUGUUCCCUUUAUGAUGUGGAGAUAGAGCUAAAAAUCUAGAAUCGUUAGUUUAUACUUGACUGGAGGCUUGUUGCAACAUUUGAAUGACUGCAUGUUUAUACACUCUUUGCUACAAGUGUAACUUUUAGAACUUAUUCUUGUGGGAUUUAUAAUAAUGUAGAAGCAUUUUUUUUAAAAAAAACUUCCAAAGCCAUUAAUCAAGCAAACACAGAGAGAGUCACAUAGCAAGGUAUUUGUCUAAUAUGUUGUUGUGGUGUGCUGUAACACGAGAGCAGCACGCAUGUCAUCAGUAUUAUGUCUGAUUUUAUGAGAAAAUUAAUUGGCAAAUAUUGCAAUAAUGUAUUAAUUAUAUAAACAGUGAUUUUCUUUGAUAUUAAAAGUCCGUAUGAUUGGGGUUUUGGACCUAAUACUGAUUUUCUGUGCCAUGUCAUGGGCCAAGUAAUAAAGAAAUUAACAAGUUAAUCAGUAAUGAAAAUUAAAAGUAGUUGCAUCCCUAAAAUUAUGUAAUUUUUGGUGCAAAAUAUCUAGGGUUUUGUUAUUUUUCAGGUUGCAUACCAUUUCAAAAGCUUAGGAUUUCAAAAGUUUGUUGCUCAACGUGAAGUCAGUUGACACUAGGGUAACUGCUGCCAUCUAGCGGAUGUCAUGAGGCAGUUACUUUCUUUCCACUUAAAAGUUGCUAUUGCAAGAUGAUGGGAUGAUUUUAAAAAUUCCUGCUGAUUUUGUGCACAAAAUCAUGGGAUUUUGGGAAUGUUUGUGCUUUAUCAUAUGACACUUGAACUGAAAUUACUCUUUCACACGAGAAUGUACAAAAUAUAGAACAAGAAUAAUGUCAUUUUAAAAAUAUUUAAUCCUAACAUGCAAAAAAAAACUUUUCUUUGCUACUUUAUAUUUACCCUAAGAACUUAUCUAUCUAUAAUAAUUACUUCAUAAAAGUAACCUUAAAUGAUGAACACAAUGGUCUUUCAUUUGUAGCAUAAUCUUUCCAUACAGUGAGUAGAACUUGAGAAGUAAUAUGUCAGUAAUAACAUCUACGUGUAAAGCAUUGUGUCACCACACUGUACUGCUUACCUGCCAGCUGACCUGGAGUCAGAUUCACUACUUUAUGCUGCUAUUAUCAAUGAUUGUCAUAACUACUGCAUUACUCGCGUUCUUGUUUUUAAACUAUUGUAAUUUUGAAAAACAAAACUUUUUGUGGAUUAUUUUUUAGCUCUGAAAACAGAGUACACAGAUGCCAAGGUUUAAGUGGUUUACAAUCUGCUACACACAACUUACAGACUCCAGGCAAACUAAAAAAAAGGAAUGUUUCUGCAUUACGUGUUGUGCAUUGUCUGCCAGCCCAUUGUUCCAGCGAAAUUUUCAAUUUUCAGUGAAAACUCUAUAACAGAUACUAUUUUUCUUGUAGACAGAAGGGCAGAACUGCUUAUUUUAGCAAAACAAAGCACUGUUACUGAGAGGUACAUUUCAAAUACCCCCUAUAAAGCUUUUUAAUGUUGCCUAGCCUUUAGUCUGUUUUUUCAGCAUGACUGCUGCUUGCAUGCCCUGCCUUUAUGAACUGUGCACGGUAGCUGUAAGCCUUUAUAGAGAUGAUGCUAAUAAUGAAAUCUUGUACCUUUAAAAAUACAGAAGGAAUGUAUAUUUAUUGAAUAUCCUUGUCAAUGCACACUACUGAAUUAUCUGAUCA